GACGCGCCUGCACUUUACCUCCCCGCGGACAUCCAGGAUUGCUACGCAUCUACCUUAGCAACCAUGUCUCAGCCGCAGGUAAACCCGAAAAAGCAGCAAGAGCUGCAAGUUCAGUACUCCACCUACAAGAACAUCCUGCAACAGCUUGCGCAAAAGAUCGGUGACGUCGAGCAAGAAACGGAGGAGCACAAGCUAGUUUUGGAGACCUUGGAACCCUUGUCUGAAGACCGGAAGUGCUUCCGCAUGAUCAAUGGUGUCUUGGUGGAGAGGACAGUGAAGGACGUGGUGCCGGCGCUCAAGACGAACUCCGAAGGGCUGAAGAAAGUGCUCGACGACCUUCUGAAGCAGUACAAGGCGAAACAAGAGGAGAUGGAGAAGUGGAAGAAGAAGAACAACAUUCAGGUAGUACAGCAAUGAAGCCGUCGCUCGACGCGGACAUCGUUCACGCGAUCUCAGUCGGAAUCGAAUAGCUCUUCACGAGGACGACACCUCAGCUCGCGCGCCCAACAUCCCAGACUUGGCGUCAGGGGUGUGUGUCAAAACAGUCUCUCGUGGCAUUCAGAAUUUUCACGGAAGGAAGCUUCUGUUGCUAGACGGCAAGCCCUGCGGUCAGCCUGCAUUAACUACAGAUUCAGAGGGUAUCAAAACAGCUGCACGUCGGAAUCCCCCGCCGACGGACGAAGAAGAGAUCGGCUAGAUGACAUAUGGCUCACCAGCUAAAGAUAGUGCGGUUGACAUGGGUGCGGCGCGGUGCAGGCGAUGAACUGUACGUACAGGAACAGGGCGUUCGAGAUCUAUUGUCGAGGCAGUGUAUAAUGAAGUCAACAAACCCCAGA